AAUUUUGUGAAAGAAUAUACAUUUAGGCUUUUGACAUGACAUGAUAUAUUAAUUCCUUGAAUUUUGGAAGAGGAGAGGCUGAUUUAAACUCCAUGCUGGCCUGGCGGCUGGCCUCAAUGUCUGUCCGCUAUGUGCAAUGAUUUACUGAUGCUUGCGUGCGGUAUAUAUAGAUGGACUAACCCUAGUUAGUACUUACCUUACCUAGUGGACUGGUACAAGCUAUGGAGGUCAUCUCUUCAAUUUUCAAUUUAUAUAUGAAAAAUUAUUAAUUUUAUUCCUUUAUGUAGAUUCUAGAGCUUUAGAGGUCUUAAUUAAAAGGUACAUAUUAACCGAAGGAUAAUAAGGCUCAGCGGAAGAAACAAUUAGCCAGGCAGGCCGGCAGGCAGGCAGGUAAUACAAGUUGACAUCUCGUAGUAGCAAAACAAUCAGGGAAUUAAGACUCGAGGCGGAGUUUGCCGAAUUAUAUCCAUCCGACAGUCCGACUCCAAAAGCAAGCGAGCGAGAGAGAGAGGGAAGUAAGAAUGAGCAAAUUAUCGGCAGAUGAAGCAGCUGGAAAUUAUGUUAGCGAGAAUGAUAUGAUGAAAUUGCCAAUAUCAUCAUCACCAUCGUCACCAUCAUCCAACGGUGGAAAAGGAUCAUCAGGCUGCAGUAACCGAGCGUUGGUGGUGAAGAGGAUUCUAAGGGCGACGUUGCUGUUUGUGGCAGCCACUGUGGGUUGCUUUAUCAUCUCCGGAUUUCUGCUCGGAUCCUAUUAUGACAACGGUUUGUCUUCUCAUCAGACCACUCUAGAAUAUACAUUGGAUACAGUUCUCAGAAAUGCAUCUAUGAAGGACAAAACAAUUAUACUAACUACCCUAAAUGAUGCAUGGGCUGAACCCAAUUCAAUAUUCGAUCUCUUUUUAGAGAGUUUCGAGAUUGGAAGUAACACAAAAUGGUUGCUUAAGCAUUUGGUAGUCAUAUGCUUGGACAGAAAAGCAUAUGCCCGUUGCUUGGCGUCACACCCUCAUUGCUACCAACUCUACACUCAAGGUGCCAACUUCACCAGCGAGGCUACUUUUAUGUCUUCCGAGUACCUGGACAUGAUGUGGAGACGAAUCCGACUUUUGUCUUCUAUUCUCGACAGCGGUUACAACUUUGUCUUUACGGAUACUGAUAUAAUGUGGCUAAGAGAUCCAUUCCCACAAUUCUACUCAAAUGCAGAUUUUCAAAUUGCAUGUGACUUCUUCAACGGUGAUUCUUACAGCGUAAAUAAUUUUCCCAAUGGAGGGUUUACCUAUGUAAAAUCAAACCACCGCACGAUUAAAUUUUAUAAGUUUUGGUACUUCUCCAGAAAGGCGUAUCCAAAGAAGCAUGACCAAGACGUUCUCAACAAGAUCAAAUUUGAUCGCUUCCUCACCCAAAUUGGAUUGAAAAUGAGGUUCUUGGAUACACUAUACUUUGGUGGGUUCUGCCAGGCUAGUAAGGACUUCAACCAAGUAUGCACAAUGCAUGCCAAUUGUUGUGUUGGUCUCGAAAACAAAGUCAAUGAUCUUAAAAUUUUGCUACAAGUUUGGAGAAAGUACAUGUCCUUACCUCCUAAUACAACUGCCAAGCCACAACUUUCAUGGACCGUUCCACAAAAUUGCAGCACUUCCUUCCAACGCCUUGGAAAGCACUCGUGACAGGAGGAGAAGGGAAAGGAAAUUGCACAAAAUUCAUCGCAAUUGGUAGGGGGCGAUGGAAAUGGUACCUUGGUGAUCAAUUAUCAUGUCAUCUUAAUAUAAAAUUGUUCAAUACAAAACUGACUCAUUUGCCCUU